AUGAAUCGGAAGCUGUACGUGGUCUUUUAUGGCUUGCUUCUUUGUUGUUUGUUUUCAUUUCGCCUUGAUCUGUCACUGUCCCUCUUCCCAUCGGUUUCUUCUUCCUUCAGUUUCUCUCCUCCCCAUUUUCUCUCACGCACUCUGUUUCUCCCUCUCCUUUCACCCAGCAGUUUGUUUGUGCGACAGGCCCCUUGGUUGGUUUCUAGGGCUUCAAUUGACGACGGUCACUCAUCCCCGUCGUGCAAAACCACCGCUACGAUCAGCUUCAUCGCCGAUUUCCCUCUUCACACAGUUUAUUCUCAUUUUCCUCGCCCCUCUCUUGUGAUUUGUGAGUCUACCGUCCGCUGCUCUGUGGGUUGUGUCGCCUACAAGUUCCUCACCGGAGUUUUGGUUAAACGACGCAAGUCUCUAGGUUUUUCUCACACAUCUCUGUUUUGGUUCCGGCCAACGUGCGUGGCCAAGCCGUACGUUGUCGCCUCUGUCCGUGGGCUCCAUUUUCGUCGCCGUAGUCCCCGUCCCACAUCAACGCCUUCUCUUACUCUAGGUUUUAGGCCGCAGUCAACAGGGACAUCGGAGUCUACAGGCACCUCUCACCGGCACCAAGGUGUUGGGAUUGCCAGAGUUCAAACUCAAAGAUUUAGACAAUACAUUGCAAGAGUCAAACCUUACCAUAGGUGUAAAAUUGUGGCCUCUGUAAAACAGAUCUGGACAGUGUUGGUAACAGCUAGAAAGAGACAUGUGGGCGCAGUAAUGGGUGGGUCUCCCAAAUUGGGACUAGUCAUGGUCAAAGAAGGCACUUCCAGCAGAUUGUACAUAAAUGAAUAGAGAAUUUAUGGAAAAAGAAAUUAGCUCAAAUAGAGAAUGCAGUCUCUUGAUUAGCUAAAAUUAAAGAAUUAAUAUUGUUUGGAGAUGCCUUAGAGCAUUCACAUCUAAUCAAAUUUUUGCU